CACUGAUUAGCAAGUUCACUGUCAGUGCGGUUAUUCCUCCAACCUGCUGGAUUCUCCCUCAUUGCGGCAUGCGUAACGUUCUGUUUCGGUUUGAAAACAUGUGGAUGGCAACCAGACUCAAUCGUGCGUCUCCAACCUAGGAUGGAUCCUCCGGUCUCCUAUUCUCCAACAAGCGCGGAAAAUAGUUGUUGAAUAUUGCUCGUAUUGUUGACGAAAUUUUUACGCAUCUUAAUUGGAGAUAAAGUGAAUAACAACGUGAAAUUUACACAAUAUACUUCGCUGUUAUCACGUUCACAAGUAGAUUUUUUUAUAAGUGCAAAACUUAGUUGAAGGGAAUUAGUGCAAAUUGUUUCCAAAAACGCCAGUGUAGCGAACAUGAUUCAAACUGCUACUUUUAAUGAAAAUUAGUUAUUGAAACCGAGUUAAAGAUACCUUGACUUUGACUAUCAACAAUGGACAGCAUUUACACCGAUGAAGCAUGACGGAUCUGCUGAUCAGGCUCGAGAUGUCCAACUACACUUUUUGCGACUUGGAAGACUUCAAAAAACACUACAAAGAAAAUAUUCACGGUUACCUCAGCUUGACGGUGUGUGUUUUCGGAUCAAUAGCCAAUGUGUUUAAUAUUUGCGUAUUAAGAACGAAACAAAUGCGUUCGCCCACUAAUUACAUUUUAACGGGGUUAGCGGUUGCGGACCUGUUAGUGAUGUUACAAUACAUUCCAUUUACCAUUCACCGUAGCUUAGUCAAUAAGCCCCUUUAUUAUACACACUUUAAUUAUCUUUGGGCUGUUUAUUAUAAAUUUCAUGCGUUAUUUACACUGAUUUUGCACUUUAUUGCGUGUUGUCUGACUAUUAUUUUAGCAAUAUGGAGAUACGUAUAUAUUUCGCGAUUACAUGCAAACAAAAUAUGUUCAGACGAAAGAAAGACAAUUAUUGCAAUCAUGACAGCCUACAUAGUGUGCCCGGUUUUGUGUAUUCCUAUGAUUUCCACGUCUCAAAUAGUGGCGUAUCCGCAAACUUGUGAUCUGAACGGAGUUAUAGUGGCGAAAGAUAACAGGAACAAGUACAAUAGUUCGGAACUGAAGAACGAAACAAUUUUCCUUCUAUAUCCCAACGAUCCUUUCCAAUUGAGCAUUUGGGUCUACAGUCUGCUGUUGAAGCUUCUUCCGUGUGUGUUAUUGACGGUGUUGUCUUACAAGAUCAUUACGGCAUUACUGGAAACGAGGAGACGAAGGAUAAAGUUGCUGACUUCUUGUCAGCCUUUGGACGACUUGAGUAGGAGUUCAAUGAGCAAUCGGGUUCACGUGUACAAAGACACUCAAGCCGAUCGAACCACGAAGAUGCUUCUAGCAGUUUUGUUUCUCUUUCUGCUCACAGAGUUUCCUCAAGGGAUAAUGGGACAAAUCAGCGCUAUCUAUGGAGAUGCUUUUCUGAAGGAAUGUUAUUCUGCCUUCGGCGAAAUUAUGGACAUUGUGGCCUUAAUCAACUCCUCCAUCAACUUCAUUCUCUACUGCACAAUGUCUCGGCAAUUCCGGGCCACUUUUGAGGAAAUGUUCAACAUCAGACAGAUAGUGGACUGGCUGAUGUGGAUCAAACGCCCAUUACCAAAAAAAGUCCAGGAAGACAACGGUAUCGAAACGAAGAUGUCGUUGGUAUAGCAGUUGAAAAAUGCGGAUGAAACAAAUAUUUUGACUCUAUUGGAGGCACUACUUAACAACGUUUGUCUUUGCACAUUUGAAACAUGUUCCUGUUUUGAUUUGCGUUAUAUAAAUACAGUUUACUAAGCCAAGUAAAUGGUGAGAAGAGCUGUCUGUAACGGGCUAAUUGGAUUGGAGGCAAGUUAAAAGAGCAGGAAAUAUUGAUAAGGAGAGUCAUUUUUAUAUUUUGCUGUAAAUAACUUUAAUCGGCGAAUAAAGCGUUGAAACUGA